GGUGGAUCUCAUCCCUCUUCUUUGCUGAUUUCUCAUAUGGAGAACAGAUCAUUAGAGAGUUUGGAAGUGAGGUCAAAGGGGGUAGAUAUUGAGGGAUCAGAUGUUCAUGACAGUGAUUUGGACUGCUUAAUGAGUAGUGCCGUUGGAAGCAGUAUCGUUCUAGAUGGCUCAAUGAAAGAUCUUUCUGAGAGCUGUUGCAGCAGUGCCAGUGGCCGAUGUUGCCCUGGAUAUGUCAGCAAAACAGAAGAGGAUGACGGUUGCCUGGACGAUUGGGAGGCCGUUGCUGAUGCUCUGACCUUCAACGAAAAGCAGAAUAACCCAAAUUUAGAACCUCUUUCAGGGUUUGGAAAGAAGAUUGGAUUAACUGAGCCUAGUAAUUCUGGAGUCAGCUUAUCAGAAAGAGAGAGUAAGGAAGUGAUUUCCAGGGGUCAGGUGAAUCGUCGGGCAUGGCAAUCUGAUGAUGUUUAUCGCCCUCGUAGUCUGCCCAGUGUGAAGAAGCAUUGUAAUUUUACAACUGAUUCUAGUAAUGGUUCUUCAUGUUUUGUCAUUGCAAGAAUUUUGAUUUGCCAUCGAGGAAAACGUGACUGUAGUUGUAGCGUUUUCAGUAUUUUCAGAGGGCAGAGAUCCUCGGGUACUCUUUCCAGAGGGCAGAGAUCCUCUGUUGUACAACACCGUGUGUUGUUUGGAAGAUCUUUCUGGAUAGGGUGGAUACUUUCAACGGGGCCAUUGAUCGUUGGGGGGGACCAACAUGGGCUUUGUGCGGAUCCAGUUACUUUGAUGCUCUGGGUCGACAAGGGGAAGCCAUGGCCAAGGCUUGACCGUCUUGCCCAGUUGUUAUUCUCUGCACCUUAUGAUCUCUGUAGAACCGAUGGCAUUCCUGACCACCAUGAACGGCAGUUGCAACCAAUACUAGUUUUGUUCAUUACUAUUGAUUCAAUACUAAGCAUUUUGAUUCUCCAACGUGUGCUUCAUGAAGUAUGUGCCUAA